AUGACCACCAAACAAAGCAAAAAGAAAGAGGUGCAUCGCAUCAACUCGGCUCACGGCUCGGAUAAAUCUAAAGAUUUCUACUCUCUUAGUGGUAAUGUACAACCUGGUUCUGUUGAACAAAGGAAGGGAAAAUUCCCCAUCUGGCCAGAGUGGAGUGAAAGUGAUAUAAACGCAGAAAAGUGGGAUGCAGGCAAAGGCGGAAAAGAAAAGGACAAAACGGGAAAAAGCCCCACAUUUCAUUGUUUUGAAGACCCUGAAGGAAAGAUUGAGUUACCACCAUCACUGAAAAUUUAUUCCUGGAAACGUCCACAGGAUUUUUUAAUUAGUCGGACUCCUGUAGUUGUGAAAAAUGAAAUUUCAUUUGAUUUAUUUUCAACAAAUGGACACUUACUCUGCAGCGAGCUGAUGAGAUGGAUUAUCAGUGAAAUCUACGCAGUGUGGAAGAUAUUCAAUGGAGGGAUUCUGAGCAAUUAUUUUAAAGGGACUUCAGGGGAACCUCCUCUUCUCCCCUGGAAGCCCUGGGAACACAUAUACUCUCUCUGCAAGGCUGUGAAGGGCCAUAUGCCUCUGUUCAAUAGCUAUGGAAAGUAUGUUGUAAAACUUUAUUGGAUGGGUUGCUGGAGAAAGAUAACUAUUGAUGAUUUUCUGCCUUUUGAUGAAGAUAAUAAUCUAUUGCUUCCAGCUACAACCUGUGACUUUGAACUCUGGCCAAUGCUUUUGUCUAAAGCUAUCAUUAAACUGGCAAAUAUUGACAUCCACAUAGCACAGAGGAGAGAACUGGGAGAGUUCACGGUCAUUCACGCUCUCACAGGCUGGCUACCAGAAGUCAUUUCUCUUCACCCAGGAUAUAUGGACAAAGUGUGGGAGCUCUUGAGAGAAAUAUUGCCUGAGUAUAAGCUGCCGGAUGACACCAGUUACGAAAGUAAAACCACAGUGGUUGACACCAAAUUAAAAGACAUGGGGAAAGAGGUGAAGGACAGCAAAGAAGGGAAGGAGGGAAAAGAAGCAAAAGACGGGAAGGAAUUCAAAGCUGAAAAUUCCUCUUCAACCCUGAAAGUCUCAGAGAAAAGUGACAAAUUUUCCAAGGAAAAAGCAGAUGCAAAAGACGUUGGGAAGAAGAGGAGUAAAGAUGGAGAAAAGGAAAGGGAUAAGGACAAAUUCAAAUUGUCACUUCAUGGUUCAAGACCCUCAUCAGAUGUGCAAUAUUCUAUGCAGUCCCUGUCAGAUUGUUCUUCCGCAACACAACCCCCUCAAAUGGUCGUGUAUGCCACCUUCACGCCUCUCUAUUUGUUUGAAAACAAGAUCUUUGCAUUACAGAAGAUGGCCGAUUCUGCUGAGAAACUUAGAGAAUAUGGGCUUUCACACAUCUGUAGCCAUCCUGUGCUGGUGACUAGAAGUAGAUCUUGUCCUCUGGUAGCACCACCAAAGUCACCUCCUAUACCUCCCUGGAAACUCUUUCGUCACAAAAAAGAAGCAGUUGUAACAGAUGAACCUCAAGAUCCAGUAAUAGAUGAGCCUGAACAGUUUCUUGAGAUUUCAAGUCCAUUUUUGAAUUACAGAAUGACUCCAUUUACAAUCCCAACAGAAACUCAUUAUGUACGCUCUGUUAUUAAGAAAGGGGUUCCCCCGGGAUCUGGCUUGCCUUCUGUCCUUGAAACUGAUGAAACUGCCACCGUUAGCCAGACAGACGCUACUCAAAUAGCUGGAGCUCUAUCUCAGGGAAACAUGUCUGCACAGGCUGUACUUGGAAAAGGCAUAGAUGAACAAAUCGAUCUCGGAUUGGGAGAGUCCCACCAAAUUGAUGGAAUUAGUGUGGACAAAGAUUUGAUCAGUCAGAUGACAGAAACACAGGAAAAAUCGCAAGAUGAACUUUCUACCAUAAAUAAUAGUGUUUCUAAAGAAAUAUGGCUAGAUUUUGAAGACUUCUGCAUAUGCUUUCAGAAUAUAUAUAUUUUCCACAAGCCAAAUUCAUAUUGCCUUAACUUUCAAAAAUCAGAAUUCAAGUUCUCAGAUGAACGUGUGUCCUACCAUUUAUUUGUGGAUAGUCUAAAACCUAUCGAACUGCUGGUUUGCUUUUCUGCAUUGGUACGCUGGGGGGAAUACGGAGCCUUAACAAAAGACAGCCCUCCCAUAGAACCUGGACUUCUAAUGGUUGAAGCAAUUUCUUGGAAGUCUCUGAAGCCACGCAAUCUUGUUGUGAAGAUUCACACAUAUGCCACCAAGGCUACCAUGGUUCGUCUGCCUGUUGGGAGGCACAUGCUGCUCUUCACCGCAUACUCCCCAGUGGGCCACGCCUUAAAUGUCUGCAGCAUGGUGACCUUCGUCAUCGGGGAUGAAGACGUCGUGCUGCCCUACUUUGAGCCGGAGAGCUACCGAUUUACAGAGCAGGCCCUGGUGAUUCUGAAAGCUGUUGGAAACGUGAUUACUAAUUUCAAAGAUAAGGGCAAACUCUCUACAGCUCUGAAGGAUCUCCAAGCCGCUCACUACCCGCUCUCCCUCCACAACAAAGAACUAACUGCACAGCACUUCAGGGUUUUCCAUAUUUCUUUAUGGCGUUUAAUGAAAAAAGUUCAAUUAACAAGACCUCCUCCAAACUUCAAAUUUGCAUUCCGUGCUAUGGUUUUGGACUUGGAGUUACUUGAGUCCUCCUUGGAGGAUGUUUCUUUAGUGGAAUGGGUAGACAUUAAAUAUUGUAUGCCAACAACUGAUAGAGAGUAUUCUCCUGAGGAGGUGAUGGCAGCCAUUAAAAUUCAAGCCAUGUGGAGAGGGACUUAUGUUAGAUUACUUAUGAAAGCCAGAAUACCAGACACAAAGGAAAAUAUCAGUGUUUCGGAUACACUUCAAAAAGCUUGGGCUAUACUGGAAAUGAAUUUAGAACAGUAUGCACUUUCUCUCUUAAGACUAAUGUUUAAAAGCAAGUGCAAGUCUAUGGAAUCUUACCCAUGCUACCAAGAUGAAGAAACUAAGAUUGCCUUUUCUGACUAUAAUGUGACCUAUCAAGAUCAGCCACCGAACACUUGGUUUAUAGUAUUCAGAGAAACAUUUUUGGUUCCUCAAGAUAUGAUUUUGGUUCCCAAAGUAUACACUACCCUUCCAGUCUGUAUGCUACAUGUUGUUAAUAAUGACACAAUGGAACAAGUACCAAAGAUGUUCCAAAAAGUGAUGCCUUAUUUUUAUACCAAGAAUAAGAAGGGAUACACCUUCGUGGCUGAAGCCUUUACAGGUGACGCGUACGUGUCAGGCUCGCGAUGGAAACUGCGCCUCAUUGGUUCUUAUGCCCCCCUCCCCUGCCUCUCCCGGGAGGCUCCAUGCAGCGCCUUCACUACCAAGGAAAUCAGAGACCACUACAUACCCAACGAUAAGAAGAUAUUAUUCAGGUAUUCAGUUAAAGUGGCAGUACCGCAGAUAGUUACGAUCCAGGUGCGCACGUCCAAACCAGAUGCGUUCAUCAACCUGCAGGUCCUAGAAAAUGAGGAAAUUAUGGUGAGCUCCAUUGGAAAAGGCUUAGCUAUCAUCCCGGCAUUUAACUUCCUGAGGAGUGAAAAAGCUUUGAGCUCCCAGUCUAGCAAACAAGCUCUUUUAUUUCAUUCUGUAUCCAAGAAAGAACAAGAAGUAUAUGUUAAAAAGAAAUCUACCCAGGGAAGUCAGAAAUCCAAUAAGGGUAGACCUGGAAGUGCAGUACAAGAGAGCGGUCUGCCUCUUCUGGAGGAGGAAACCCUUGUCCCAGGUUUCACAGAAGAAAGUUCUAGCACACCACAGCAGAUGUGCAAGUAUAUUAUACAGUGUUUCGUGUUGUAUAACAGUUGGCCUCUCACUGAAAGUCAGCUAACAUUUGUACAAGCACUCAAAGAAUUAGAGAAAAAUGAUGCUAAAGCUCAUAGUGAGAAACACGAGGAAUUAGUUACCAUGGGAAGCCCAGAUUCCCAUACAAUUAGCGAGGGGCAGAAAUCUUCAGCAACUUCCAAGACAACAAGGAAAGGCAAAGAUAAGGCGUCUGAGAAAGAAAAGACAGCCAAAGAAAAACAAGCACCUCGCUUUGAGCCUCCGACAUCCACUGUGCACUCUCAGCAAGAAGACCCAAACAAACCCUACUGGACUUUGAGGCUGGUCACUGAACACACUGAAUCCGAACUAUUAGAAGUGAAAAAAGAUACAGAGCGAGCAGACGAAAUCCGAGCCAUGAAGCAAGCCUGGGAGACAACAGAGCCAGGAAGAGCCACCAAGGCUUCUCAGGCUCGUUUGCAUUACCUCAGCCGGUUCAUUCAGAAGACACCUGACCCUGAGACUUUUCCUGUGUCUGAAAGCCAAACUAAAGCCCCGGAGGAAGUUGAAACACCUGCAAGUGCCGUCAAAGAACCAGAGGUAAAGAAUUCUGGGAGUUCAGAGAGCAAAGAUGCGACAAUGACAGGGACUAUGGUAUGGAAAAAGUGGCAAAUGUCCAAGGGUUUGAAGGAUCUGGCAAAACCUGUGAGCAGUGACAGUGGAGGAGCAUCCCCGGUGGGCAAUGAAGAGCGGGACACCAGCUCCCGCAAGGAAAACACCAUGUCUUAUUCACGAUCCCCAACUACUUUGGAAGCAUCUUCACAACUUGUUCAAAAAGUACGACAAUCUUUGGAUAUAAAUCAAUUUAUACGGAAAUCAGAUAAGGAGCCUCAGUUGCAAACAGAGGAACUGAAUCAGCAGCAGGCAAUGCAAAAGGCCGAAGAAGUUCAUCAGUUUCGACAGUACAGGACCAGACUUCUCAGUAUUAGAGACAUUGACCAAGAUGAACGGUUAAAGUUAAAGGAUGAAAUCCUGGAUACGUAUGGGGAAAUGCGGGAUUCCUUAGAUGAAGCCCGACAGAAGAUCUUCAAUAUCCGAGAAGAGUACAGGAACAAAUUGCUGGAAGCUGAGCGCCUGAGGUUGGAAGCCCUGGCCGCUCAGGAAGCUGCCAUUAGGGCAGAGACAGAAAAGAAGAUCCAGGCCGCUGAAGCGCAGAAAAAAAAGAAAGAAAAGAAAAAAUAAC